AGUUGAUCGGGUUAGGAUAAAUAAAUUUUCUCCGUAAAUCAAUUUCUGCUGCUAGGGAUAAUUACUUUUUCAGUAUAUACAAAUUAUUAAUCGAUAAUUAAUAAUUUGACCAGUAAAUUAUAUAUAUAAAAUAUAUAAUGGGAUGAUAAUUGGAAGAAGGUUGGAUAGGUUAGUAUAUUCGAGGCCGUUGGACCUGAAAUUCAUCUCCAAAAUUAUCCUACAACAUAACAAUAACUCACUCUCCUCGGCGUUUGUGAGGGAUUAUAUGCCGUUGAUAUUGUACGGAAAUUUGCACAUUAAAUUUGAGAAUCUCAUCACUCCAAAUAAACAACUACUACAAAUUACUCAACAGGAUGGGCUGGUGAGAAAUUUGAAUUUGAAAUUAUAUUUGUAUCCUCAACAACUUCUACAACGAAUCGUCUCUCUCAACUCCUAAUCUACU